AUGGACUUGUUGGACGAUAUAAGCGAGGAUGAGAACAUACAGGAGGAUGAGAAUCUACAGGAGGAUUCCCUGGGUACCCUAGGGCAAGGCCACAGUCCAGGCGAUGACCUCGACAAAAGUAAGGGCCCUGGCCCUGGCCAAGGCCCUGGCCAGGACCCAGGCCCCAGCCAAGACCAACUUGACUCAGCACUCCGCCAGGUCAUCGAUACAUUCAAACACCGCUUCCCAGGCGUAGAAGAAGUGUUGCAUGGCGAACAGUACGUCCGAUGGAUCGCCCAGCAGGUGGAUUUCCACUGGGAUUCCCCCGGGGAAUCCCAGUCCCAGUCCCAAGAAUCGUUCGUCAUCUCACCCGAACAACAGCUCAUCGUCUCAACACUCUCCCAUCGGUUUCCCCAGGGCCUAGAGGCCCCCUCUGGGCAGGAACUGGCCCCGCUCCAACGCUUCCUCCAUCUCAGCUCCGCUCUGAAAACUAUCCAUGCCCAACUCACCGCCUCCAUCCACCUCCAGGCCCCCAACGUUUGUGCUCUCGUGGGCCCCGAGAUUGCUGCACGUCUAGUGGCCCACUACGGCAGCGUGCGCGAGCUCAGCUGCGUCCCCAGCUGUAAUUUGGUCACUUUUGGGAGGAAUCGGCAGGGCCCUAGCCAGGGCCAGGGCAAUGCCCUGGGCAUUGGCAAGGGAAAUGGCCUCAUCUACUCCUGCGACAUCGUCCAGCAGCAGCACCCAGAGUUCCGCAAGCAGGCUGCCCGAAUGGUCUGCGCAAAACUCGUCAUUGCAGCAAGAAUAGAUGCCAAUGGGCCUGGCCAUGGCCCUGGCCCAGCCCCAGCUAAUGCUGACGCAUUAUCUGGGGCAGCUGGGACACAACUCCGCACACAGAUCCUCGAACGCCUCCAGAAGGUCUCCACGCCGCCCCAGCUCUCCCGCGUCAAGCCGUUGCCCGUCCCCGAAGACAAGCCCAAGAAGAAGCGCGCCGGCAAACGGUUCCGCAAGUACAAGCAACAGUUCCAGCUCUCGCACAUGCGACAGCUCCAGAACCGCAUGGAGUUCGGCAGGGCCGAGCACACCACCAUGGACGCCUACGGCGAGGAAAUAGGCAUGGGAUUGGCCAGGGUCUCAGGACCUGAGCUUUCGUUGGGUCCUAGUCCUGGUCCUAGUCCUGGUCCCAGACCCAAGAUGAGCAAAGCCAUGCGGAAACGCUUGGAAAGUGGGAACACGGGGCCAGUCAAUGGGUCAGGGCCAGAGUCCCUGGGCCCAUUGUGA